CGUAAAGUCUGUUUUUCGGUAGAACCAGCCAGCAGAAGCGGCGCAGAAUAACGGCGUCUCUUUUUGUCUGAAUUGGCUGCAGGAGGAACCAUAUUCGUGAAAGCCGUCGGUCUGUCGAACAUGUCCCAGUAGGACGUCAUUGUCUGCAGCAUCAUGUCGGGGAACAACCUGGUCCUGCCCAUCGUGCUGUGGGGCCGCACGGCGCCCACUCACUGCAUCAGCAGCCUGUUGGUGAUGGACGACUUCAGCACCAUCAUCACCGGUUGCCAUGACGGUCAGAUCUGCCUGUGGGACAUGACGCCCGAGCUGCAGAUCUGUCCCAGAGCGAUGCUGUUUGGCCACACGGCCUCCAUCACCUGCCUGUCUAAAGCCAGCGCCACCAGCGACAAGCAGUACAUCGUCAGCGCCUCAGAGAGCGGGGAGAUGUGUCUGUGGGACGUAAACGACGGGCGCUGUAUCGAGUUCACCAAGCUGGCCUGCGCUCACACUGGGAUUCAGUUCUACCAGUUCACCAUCGGUACGCAGAAGGAGGGUCGCCUGCUGUGUAACGGCCAUUACCCAGAGAUCCUUGUGGUUGACGCCACCAGCCUGGAGGUUCUCUACUCUCUGGUCUCUAAGAUCUCUCCUGAUUGGAUCAGCUCCAUGAGCAUCAUCCGCUCCCAUCGGACCCAAGAGGACACGGUGGUGGCAGUAUCAGUGACGGGGAUUUUGAAGGUGUGGAUGAUAACAGCUGAGGUCAGCAAGAUGCAGGAUCUGGACCCGGUCUUUGAGGAAGAGUCCAAGCCCAUCUACUGCCAGGGCUGCCAGAGCAUCUCCUUCUGCAGCUUCACCCAGAGCAGCCUGCUGGUGGUCUGCUCCAAGUACUGGAGGGUGUUCGAUGCAGGAGAUUACUCUCUGCUCUGCUCCGUGCCCAGCGACAGCGACCAGUCCUGGACCGGCGGUGAAUUCAUCUCUGCGGAUAAAGUCAUCAUCUGGACUGAAGACGGCUGCAGCUACAUCUACAAGCUGCCGGCCAGCUGCCAGUCCGCCAGCGAAUAUUUCCGCAGCGACGUUGGGCGAACCAAAGAGGGAUCGAUCCCCCCGCUGAUCUACAGCAUCGCUGAGCGCUCAGACAAACAGAAGGACGGAGGUGAGCAGGAGGAGCAGGAGGAGCAGGAGGUGGAGGUCAUAUGCCUCCGUCCCAGUGGCUUCGCCCCAGAGCUCUACACCCCACUGCAGCUUUUCCAGCACCGGCCUCUAGAGGCGCCUCUCCUCAUCUGUCCCCCAGUGACCCGGUUCUUCUUCGGCCGCCGGGAGCCGUUCCACAAGCUGCUGGUCCAGGGAGACUCGGCCGGCCGGCUGUCGCUGUGGAGCGUCCCGGACGCCACGCAGCCGCAGCCGAGCGCAACGCCAGCAGAGCUGCAGAUGUCGUCCACCGUCAGCCUGCAGGAGGCGUUCGAUAAACUGACCCCCGUCUCUUCUGGGAUCAUCGACCAGCUGAGCUUCCUGCCCAACAAGCAACAACCCAUCAAGGUUACGGCCAGCGUCUACAUCCCGUCUCAGGGCCGGCUGGUGUGCGGCCGGGAGGACGGCAGCAUCGUCCUGGUCCCCGCCACGCAGACGGCCAUCGUGCAGCUGCUGCAGGGGGAGCACAUGCUGCGGAGGGGCUGGCCGCCCCACCGGACGCUGCGGGGUCACCGGAACAAGGUGACCUGCGUCCUCUACCCGUACCAGGUGUCGCCGCGCUACGACCAGCGCUCCCUGGUGUCCGGAGGAGUCGACUUCUCCGUCAUCGUCUGGGACAUUUUCACCGGAGAGAUGAAGCACAUCUUCUGCGUUCAUGGAGGGGAAAUCAGCCAGCUGAUCGUCCCGCCGGAAAACUGCAGCACCCGCGUGCAGCACUGCGUUUGCUCCGUGGCCAGCGACCACUCCGUCGGCCUGCUCAGCCUGCGGGAGAGGAAGUGCAUCAUGCUGGCGUCCCGACACCUCUUCCCCAUCCAGGUCAUCAAGUGGCGGCCGGCCGACGACUACCUGGUGGUGGGAUGCUCCGACGGCUCCGUCUACGUCUGGCAGAUGGAUACAGGAGCUCUGGAUCGCUGCGUGAUGGGAAUCACGGCGGUGGAGAUCCUGAACGCCUGCGACGAGCUCGCCCCCGCCACCGUUGACGCCCUGAGCCACUCUGCGGUCAACCUGAAGCAGGCCAUGACGCGCCGCAGCCUGGCGGCGCUCAAGAACAUGGCGCAGCACAAGCUGCAGACGCUGGCGACCAACCUGCUGGCCGCUGACAACGCCGACAAGGGGAAUUUGCCCAAAUACUCCCACAAUGCCCUGGUGGUCCAGGCGAUGAAGACCAACCUGACGGACCCAGACAUGCACGUUCUGUUCUUCGACGUGGAGGCGCUGAUCAUCCAGCUUCUGACGGAGGAGGCUCAGCGGCCGAACCCGACGCUGGUUUCCCCCGAGACGCUGCAGAAGAGCCAGGCAGGCGCCGACAAGGGCGGCUCCUUCCUGGCCAACAAAAUCUUCAAACAGGUGAAAGAGACGAUGAAGGAGACGAUCAAGGAGCACCUGCUGGACGAAGACGAGGAGGAGGAAGAGGAGAUGAGGAGGCGCGAGGAGAAGUCCAAGUCUCUGAGUCUGCUGGAGUACAACCUGACCAUGGACACGGCCAAGCUGUUCAUGUCCUGCCUGCACGCCUGGGGCCUCAACGAGCAGCUGGACGGCAUCUGCCUGGAGCGACUGGGCAUGCUCAGACCGCACUGCCCCAUCUCCUUCGGCCUGAUCUCCAGGGGCGGACACAUGUCCCUCAUGCUGCCCACCUUCAAGGAGUCUUUGCUGCACCAGCUGUCCCUGGCUACCGGCCUGAAGCUGACUCUGUCCGACAUCGUGGGGAAGGGGACGUACGGCGUGUCCAGGGCUGUCACCACGCAGCACCUGCUGUCGGCCAUUUCUCUGUCCAACACGCUGAUGGGAAUGACCAACGCCACCUUCGUAGGCGAGCACAUGAAGAAAGCCCCGAUCAGGCCCCCCAGACCAGGAGGAACCCCGGAGUCUCCUCGGAGGACGCCCGCCGCCCCCCCCCAGCCCUCCAACCCGGCGCUACAGGCCCAGAUCAAACAAGCUGCCAGCACUGCUGCUGCCGCUGCUGGGGCUCCAGGGGCCCCUGGGGGCCACCCUCAGGGGGCCCCUGGCUCUCAUAACAUCCCCUCAGUCAACGAAGGAUGGAGCCAGCUGGCCGCCAUGCACUGCGUGAUGCUGCCGGACCUCCUCGGCCUGGACAAGUACAGACCGCCUCUGCUGGAGAUGCUGGCGAGAAGAUGGCAGGACCGAUGUCUGGAGGUCCGGGAAGCGGCGCAGGCUCUCCUCCUGGCCGAGCUGAGGCGGAUCGGACAGUCCGGCCGGAAGGACACCAUCGAUGCCUGGGCUCUGUAUCUGCCCCAGUAUGUGGACACGGUCAGCUCCCCUGGAGCAGCAACAGAGACCCCGCCUCAAGCCCCGCCCCCUCCGGAGGCUCAGCCAGUGGAAACCAAGGCUCCAGAGGAGGAGAUGGACGUGACCGACGAUGACAUCACAGCAGGCUGCCUGUCCAACCUCCCGCCAAACGCCAAGAAGAUCUCCAACUCGUACGAGGAGCGGCGGAAGCAGGCCACCGCCAUCGUCCUGCUGGGCGUCAUCGGAGCCGAGUUCGGCGCAGAGAUCGAACCGCCAAAAGGUUCAGUGCGCGCUCGAGCUGGAGGAGCGGUGCCGGAAGGCUUCGGACCGACGAGCGGCGGCUCGUCCAACUACUCACUGGCCAGACACACCUGCAAGGCGCUGACCUUCCUGCUGCUGCAGCCCCCCAGCCCUAAACUCCCCGCCCACAGCACCAUCCGCCGCACCGCCAUUGAUCUGAUCGGCCGCGGCUUCACCGUCUGGGAGCCGUACAUGGACGUGUCAGCGGUGCUCAUGGGGCUGCUGGAGCUGUGUGCCGACGCAGAGAAGCAGCUGGCUAACGUCAGCAUGGGUCUGCCCCUCAACCCCCCCGCUGACUCGGCGCGCUCCGCCCGCCACGCCCUGUCCCUCAUCGCCACCGCCCGCCCGCCGGCCUUCAUCACCACCAUCGCCCGCGAGGUCCACCGGCACAACGCGGCCCAGGCCAACUCCCAGUCCCAGCAGAACGUCCACACCACCACGCUGGCCCGGGCCAAGGCCGAGAUCCUCCGGGUCAUUGACAUCCUGAUCGAGAAGAUGCCCGGAGACGUGGUGGACCUGCUGGUGGAGGUGAUGGACAUCAUCAUGUACUGCAUCGAAGGCUCUCUGGUGAAGAAGAAAGGACUGCAGGAGUGUUUCCCCGCCAUCUGCAAAUUCUACAUGGUCGGUUACUGUGACCGCAGCCAUCGCAUCGCCGUCGGAGCGCGCCAAGGAUCGGUGGCGCUCUACGACGUUCGCACGGGGAAAUGUCAGAACAUCCACGGCCACAAAGGUCCGAUAACGGCCGUGUCGUUCGCGCCUGACGGCCGCUACCUGGCCACCUACUCCAACGCCGACAGCCACAUCUGCUUCUGGCAGAUGAACACCAGCCUGCUGGGCAGCAUCGGGAUGCUGAACUCGGCUCCUCAGCUGCGCUGCAUCAAGACGUACCAGGUUCCUCCGGUCCAACCCGCCUCGCCCGGCUCCCAGAACCACCUGAAGCUGGCCCGCCUCAUCUGGACCUCCAACCGCAACGUCAUCCUGAUGGCCCACGACGGCAAGGAGCAUCGCUUCAUGGUGUGAUCGGGCCGGGCCCGCCAACCCGGAGCCGAGCCACGGUUUGGGACCGGACACGGAUUCUACCGAUGGUUCUGAUAAAGAAGAAACAAACACGUUUCUGAAUGUAGCGCAGAGCUAAGGAAGACAAUUAGUGCCAAAAGAGAACAAAAGAGAAUUCUGACUUUUUUCUCAGAAUCUGUUCUGAUGUUCUGAUCGUUUCAGGAAGAUCCAGACAGAAAAGCAUUCUGAGAAAAACUGAAAAAUUUCUUCAUUUUCUCUAAAUUCAGAUUUUUUUCCCCUCAAGUUUCUUUCUUUUUUUUUUUCUUUUUUUUUGAAAAUUCCCUUUUUUCCAAAAUUUAUUCAAAGUUCUGAAUUUUUGUCCAAGAAUGACUUUUUUUUUCUCAAAACUUUUAAACUAAAUUCUGAAUUUAUUCUGACUCUGUCAAAACAUUUUCAUCUGUGAUAUCAAGAAACUAUCAGACGUCACAUGGUCAUUAUUACUGAUACAUUUUUUUCAGAGGCUUGUUUUUGUUUUAGACUGGAGUUCAUUUUAUUUUUACCUCUAGUGAAAGUUUGGCACUUUUUCCAAAAGUGAAACUUUCUUGAUAUUAUUGAAAAUUUAAUCUGAGAUUUAAACUCUUUUGUUUUUUAAUUUCCUAUUUAUGCUCCAUCAGGAACUGUGAGAAAAAAGUCAGAUCUUUCUUUCCAUUGGCACUAAUCUUCUUCCGUAGGGGAGCGUCUGGAGGUCCAAACCCAAACUCAGGUCCAGGUUUGGUUCCUGUUUUAUCCGCUGCAGUUGAUCAUGUUGAAGGAAUUUCAUUUUGUUUUUUUAAAUCAUUUCCGUCUCGUUUAUUUCUGUUGGUUCAUUUUUAUUUAUUUGCUGUUUAUUUAAAGUUUUUAUUUAGUUUCUGUUCUGAUUCAAAGUUUCUCACCAUAAAACUGUCGACAUUCUGGAUCCGUUUCUGUUUCCAUCAUCUUCACGCUUCGUCUGUGUGUGUGUGUGUGUGUGUGUGUGUGUGUGUGUAGGUGUGUGUGUGUGUGUGUGUGUGUGUGUGUUUCACCAUUAAACACAUUCUCUCCUGUUUCUCCUAAAGUCUCGGUUCCAGUUGAGUCGCUGCAGCCAGAAAGUGAAACAUAAAAUGACUUCUGCUCUAAUCUGAGUUGGGUUUAGUUUAAUCUGGUGUUCAUGUCAGAUUAUUUCUCUCGUUUGUUUUUUCUUCCUGCUGAAAUCACAGAGCUGCCGUUUCCGUGCUGCAGUGAACGUCUCGUCCCGUUUGUCACGCUUCUCGCAGUUAAAACGUUUUUGAUUUAAAACAUAAACUGACUGAAGGACAGCGAACCGAUAAAAAUCAAAAUGUUUUUUUCUCUUUAUUUUAAUUUUUAUUUCUGUUAAAUUUAUUUAGAUUAAACUUUUUUACUUUCUGAACUUUUCUGUGUAUUUCCAUGUAAAACUGUCCAGAAAACUUUUUCUCUUUUUAAAAAAAAAUUAUUUUCUUUCUCUACUUGAAACACUUUAAAGUCCUGGUUCUCAAGCGGUGGCGCACGGCCCACCGGUGGUACGCCUGGUGGUACCGAUUUGAUCAUAAAUCUAGCUGGUAGCAACAUGACUAGCAUGAAACAGGAUUCUCAGAUGGAGAUUUGGAAAUUUGAAACAAGAAGUAAAUAUCAAUAAUGAUACUUUAUUCUUCAAUUAUACAAUAACAAGAGAAAAGAUUUACUUCUGGUAUUUGUUCUGAAACCUUUCAGAACCGCUGCUGUAAAAUUUCACUAGAACUUUAUUUGGUACCAAAAUCUGAGUUCAGAAAAACCAGGAAAUGUUUCAAUCAAUUCAGAUUUUCAGUUUUUCCUUUUAGGUUUUUUUCCUCUAGACUUUAUCAUUAUCUGUCAAGUUUUGGACUUUUACCAAACUUUCAAAUUUCUCCUAAUUUUUCUUUUUUUUCCUGUAGAAAGUGAAACUUUGACCCAAAAUGUUGUGAAAAGUCAAACAGUGAUUCCAGUAAAUAAUAUCUUUCUGAUUGUUUCAGAUUCACUACAGUUAAACUCGAUGUUUGUUUACAGAAAGUUUAAGACAUUUUGUAAAUCAAUUCUGGUAAAAAUUUGUAUAUUUUGCACAAUUUAACACAUUUUUUCUUUUCUUUUCUUGUUUUGUUGAUUCUUUGUGUUAAACUUUUUAUUGAAUGUUUUUAUUCGACUUCCUGCUGUAAAAUGUGGUCAAGCUUUUAGUUUUAUUCAGAGGAAACUAUCUACACAUAGAUCUAUAUAGAGUUGUAUCUAGAAAGGCGUUUCUGUGGCACACCUGUAAACCGGAGCGUGUCAAAGCUUUUCACAGGUUCUUCUCCUCCUUAAAGAGGAAAAAGCUGCUGCUGCUUCUGAUCGGAGGGAUUUCUGAGGUGACCUGACAGCUCUGAGAUCUUAAUCUCUCCCUCUCUGCAGCACUCUCUUAACAGUUUGAGGAAAUAUGUCUGCUGCGCCUCCCGGGGGGAAACGGGUGAGAAAAUAAACGGGAGGCGGAGAGUAAGUAAGGAGCAGCGGAUCAGAGCAUCCGAGCGGAAAAACCCAGAAGAAAACUACAAACCACCGAGCAAAACUUCUGCUUUCCUCAGAUAUUAUUUAGAGAAAAUGAGCGAUUCUGUUUGAUGUUUACAGUGUUGAUGUCGUGUGAAGUGAUGCAUGUUCAUGAGCUUCGCUCCACAGCUGCUGGAAUCUGAUCAAUGUGUCGUAUUGAAACGUGAGUCGAUGUUUAAUAAAGACCUAGAUGAAAACUA